CAUAUAUGUAUAUAUAUUAUCAGGAAAUGUAAAUUUAGUAUCGGAUUGUAACAUCGUUUUGUUUAAUAUCCAAAAUACCUAAGCUUGUUUUGUUUUCUUUUUGUUGAAGAAGCUUAUACUUAACUAGAGUAAGUGUAUAAAUAAGUAACAGUAGGUGGAAGCACCGUAGCCUAUUGGUUAAGGUUUAAAGGCUUCUACAUCAGGUUAGGGAUUCGAAUCCUAGACUAUGCAAUUUAUUGCAGAUUACAGGAAAUCCAAGUUUCAAGUCCCGGAGAAAGCGGUUUAUUAAACAAUUAUGCAGACUACAGAGGAAAGGCUUGCAAGGGAUCUUCGACAUGGUGCAAGUAAAUCUGGCCAGGCGUGGAUCUUCAUAGGACGGCUCAGGUGAUGCAGUUAGGCGUAGUUCUUCAUAAGGCAGGUAGUAUUGUCGGUUGUUGAAUCGUCUAUGUAAUCUUUCCUAUAUCAUAAUUGUAAGAUCGUAAUAAAUCAGCGUUAAAAAAAAAAAAAUAAGUAACAGUAUAAUUUCCUUAACAAAAAGUAAAAUCGUUUAAAUUAUGAAAGAAAAUCAUAAUUAAAGCUAAGUUAAAGUAAGCGAGAACCCUAAUCAAGGCAUCUAGGUGAGAGAUUAAUAUUUUUAGAGAUUGGACAAAACGAAAACGUAUAAGUUAAGCGUUAAAGAUUUAUAAUCGCGUGAGAUUUCAAAUCAACCAUAGAUAAUACGAUCAAUUAAUACGUACGGACACAUGUGCUAUUAAGUAUGACUACGCAAGAUUAUGUGUUAAUUUUUUUUUUUUUUUCAAAAAAAAGAUUAUGUGUUAAUUACAUUGUUCCAUUUUAAGAUGCCACUCGCCACGUGGCGAACUCUGGUCCAUGGGAUGAGAACAAGAAAGCUUGAAACGGUGGAUCAUCCCCCGUGAGUUUGAAACUCAGAGUCAGGGGAGAGUGGGAGAGAGAGAGAGAGAAAGUCUUUGUUUAAUGAUAUUUACUUUCAUAAGGACAUAAAAAAAAAUUUUGGGGUGAAAUAUGUUAAGAACUUUUUUUUUGUUCACUCAUAAGGACAUAACUAGAAGCGUUUUCUUCAGACAAAGCCAAAGCCGAAGUGAGAAGAGGAAAGAAAAGUUUUUCACUUUGGUUUCAUAGAAUCUUCAAAAGCCCAAAUCAGAGUGUUAGAGAGAGAGAGAGAGAGAGAGAGAGAGACUUAAAUUCUGGGGAUGAGCAGAGCAGAAGAAAGAGAAAGCUCAAAGCCCCACGGCGGCUUGCAGAAAAUCAAUAUAUAGAAUACUAAUAAAGAUUUUAUAAACAGACAGCUUAAAUUCUUCUUUCUUUCUUCUCUUUUGUUUCUUCUUCUUACUUUCUCUCACUUCAACUACCUCACUACACACUUUUUUGUUUUGUUCCGAGAGAGAAAGAGAUCUUGGAAAGCAUUGGAAUUUUGAUUGGAAGAGCAAGCAAUACCCACGAGUGAUAAUUAGAAGAAGACAAGAGUCUUAAGGAUGUCAUGGUAAUUAGGGUUUUUGUUGUAUGUAAACUAUUGGGUCAAGAUUAGGGUUUAAAGUGUUAGGUAUUAGAAAAUGUCUGGGAUGUUUUCAUUAGGAGGAAACAACAACAACAACAACAACGGAUACGAAGAAGAAGAAAAUCAACAACAACAAAAUACAAAUUGGGCUUGGUAUAGAUCAAAUACAAACACCAAUAAUAUUACCCCAGGCUCGAGCCAGUGGCAGAUUCCACCAGAGCAGCAGCUUCUCAUGCAUCAUCAUCAGUCACAACCACAGCAACAAAGCCUGGAUCUUUAUCCAGGUCAUCAGAUCGACGUCUCUGAUGUAGCCACAUCAUCAAGAUCCAUCACCAUAAGCUGUCGGGACUGUGGGAACCAAGCCAAGAAAGAUUGCACUCACAUGCGUUGUAGGACUUGCUGUAAGAGCCGUGGCUUCGAUUGUUCCACUCAUGUGAGGAGCACGUGGAUCCCCGUUGCCAGACGCCGUGAGAGACAACAGCAGGUUCAGAUGUCCACAUCUGGAGGCAGCGGCAAUGGAGGCGGCGGUUCGAGUAUCGCUAAACGUCAUAGGGAUACUACUCGUCCGGGAACAUCCUCCUUUCGCUCGCCAUCCGACUCAGCAGGGUUAGAAAUGGGGGAGGCAAGUUUUCCGCCGGAAGUGAGCUCGGAUGCGCUUUUCCAGUGUGUAAAAAUGAGCGGCGUAGACGACGGAGAAGAUGAUGGUCAAUACGCCUAUCAAACGACAGUGAACAUCGGAGGUCAUCUCUUCAAAGGGAUUCUAUAUGACCAAGGCCCUGAAAGCAGCUACGUGAGUGGUGGUAGUGGCGGAAGCGAUCAUCAAAGCUCAUCUGCAGGUGGUGGAAAUCCAAUUAAUACUCCGGCAAUGGCUGACGGUGGAGGAGGAUCGUCGACGAUGUUUGUAGAUCCUAAUGCGAGUGGUUACUAUUCCAGUAACAUGGCGACUAUGUUCGUGCCACCAGGUACGCAAUUCUAUCAAAACCCACCAAGAUCUUAAAUAAUCAAGAACUCGAGUUUAAAAAAUAAAAAUAUAUAGUAAUGUGUUGUUUUGUGAUUUUUUAUCAAUCAUAUACUACAUGGACGAUACUGCAAAUCGGUUCAACAUCUGCAUGUUUGUUUAUUUGUAAUGUGUUUAAUUUUAUAUUUCAACUGUACGGUAAUGGAUAUUUUUUUUAUAAAUGUUGAGUAUUCGUGGUUUAUGAAACAUGUAAUUUUUUUGGUUCUCGAUACGUUUUUCUUUCCAUGUUUAUGCCGAUAUUGCCGGUUGGAUAAACACGAGAGAUUCUUUAUGUUAUAAUAUUAAAUAAAUUUAAUAUUUUCAUAAGGUAGACUGGAGUCUAUCUAAAUUUAAAGGUAAACUAACUAAAGUAAAUUAAAUAGUGAUAACGACAGGAAAGCAAAUGAGGGCAAAUAUUUUCAAAACAUAAGUUACGAUUAUCGUACUGGCCGGUCCUAUAUAUCGUCAAUUCGUCUUUCAGUGUUCUUGUUCGCAAUAAAUUGGUGUUUGAAAAUUUAUAAAAAGGGAAGAAUAUGUAUAUAUGAUAAUUAAUAUUCUAGCUAAUUUCAUAGACAAUAUAGGGAACAACUCGUGGAUUUAUAUAAAUUCCUCUUGCAUCACGUGCCUAUGGUUAGAGCAGUGCUGGUGAAUAAAACAAGGCAAUUAGUUUUAGAGUUUAUUUAUGUAUUAUUCUUAAUCAUAAGAUUUAAUGAGAGCUCCUAAUUAUAAGUUAAACUAGCUAGUGUUUUUUUGGUGUAAACUAACUAGCUAGUGUUACUAACUUUAGAUUAUACAAGACACUAAAUAAUAUAUCGGAUUACAAAACAAAGACAUGAAGAUUUUUUUUCUUUGAGACGUUCUGACGCCAAUGAUUUUAUCAUUACAAAAAUAUUAUAGUUACUGAACCAAAAAUAACUUCUUUUACAUUAUAUUAUUUUCGUCUAAGAAACAUCCGCCAUAAGAUGUGCAUAAAUAUCGCGAAAUCAUCUGUUAAAAAAUUCACGAAAUUCCGUUCAGUGAUAGAAGAAUAUAAGCUAUUAGUUAGGUGUUCAAAAAACAAAGCUAUUAGUUUAUUUUUUAUUAGUAUAAAGACUCAUUCAUCGAUUUUGUAAGCGUUUCUUGUUAAUUUAAUUACGCACAGAUAUUCACCCGAAGUUAGGAAACCAUAACAAUAUAAGUAGCCGAUUUAAUCCUAUUUUUAGGAAAAUAGACAUGUAUAUGAUGUGUUAAAAAAAAAAAAAAAAAAAAAAAAAAAGACAUGUAUAUAUGUAACAAUGCAUACAAAUCCUUAUAUAGUGUCACUUUA